AGUCAAGACCAGGCUGGUAUAGGGAAUCCAGCCACCUGUAGAGGCUAGGGUAGAGGGCGGCUCCUGUAUCUUCAUUCUUUUGGCCUUCUUGGAGUUGGAGUUGGGGCUGCUCUUGUGUACUGCCUACUUUAGCAAAGGGAGCAGGAGCGAAAAAACGCCCUGGGUGGAGAGCAGAAGCUAGCGCUUACGGUGGAACGUUCUUCUGGAAGGACCCUGAACGGUUGUUGUUCGACUAAGCAGACUUCGCUGAACUUGGUGACAGUUUGGAAUCAGAGUGCCAGCAGCUUUUGUGGGUUGAAGCUUCUUUUGCCAAAGCUUGGACGAUGGCUUCAUCAGAUAGAUAUGAGCCAAUCAAAGACAUUGGGUCCGGCAACUUUGGCGUGGCAAAGCUUUAUCGUGACAAACGGACAAAGGAGAUGGUGGCCGUCAAACUGAUUGAGAGGGGAGAGAAGAUCGAUGAGAAUGUUCAGAGGGAGAUUAUCAACCAUCGAUCGCUUAGGCACCCAAAUAUUGUGCGCUUCAAAGAGGUUUUCCUUACCCCUACUCAUUUGGCCAUUGUUAUGGAGUACGCAGCCGGGGGGGAGUUGUUCGAACGGAUUUGCAAUGCCGGCAGGUUCAGUGAGGAUGAGGCGCGUUACUUCUUUCAACAAUUAGUGUCAGGCGUCAGCUACUGCCAUGCCAUGCAAAUUUGCCACAGGGACUUGAAACUUGAGAACACCCUCCUGGACGGCAGCCCUGCUCCAAGGUUGAAAAUCUGUGACUUUGGCUACUCUAAGUCGUCCCUGUUGCAUUCCCAACCCAAGUCGACUGUGGGGACCCCCGCGUACAUUGCACCAGAGGUCCUCUCCAAAAGGGAAUAUGACGGCAAGAUGGCUGAUGUGUGGUCGUGCGGCGUGACUCUGUACGUGAUGCUGGUCGGCGUGUACCCCUUCGAGGACCCCAGCGACCCGCGCAACUUCAAGAAGACCAUCCAGCGGAUUAUGGGGGUGCUGUACACCAUCCCAGACUAUGUCAGGAUCUCUCCGGAGUGCAGACACCUUCUGUCCCGGAUAUUCGUUGCCGACCCGAAGAAGCGCAUUACAAUCGCUGAGAUCCGGAAUCACCAGUGGUUCCUCAAGAACCUGCCGGCAGACCUGGCAGUAGGGACCAACGCGCCACUCGGCUUUGACGAUGUCAACCACCCCCCCCAGAGCAUUGAGGACAUCAUGCGGAUCUUGCAGGAGGCACGCACUGUGCCUCCAGGGCAGGGCUUGGGGGGCUUGAUGGGGGACAACGGCCUGCUUGACGAGGACAUGGAUCUGGAGAACGAGAUAGACUUUGAGAGCAGUGGCGAUUUUGUCUGCCAGAUGUAACAUAGCUGACUGCUGGCUGCGAGCAUUGCGUAAAGUAAUACGCGUCAUUGAAAGAAAUUUUCAACCUCGUUCGUCAACUUUUGUACAGGCUGUGUCACUUUCUUGAAUCGUGGAUUUUGUCGCUGCAUAAUAAGAACACUUUUCGUGCGUUCAUACGACAGAGCAUGCUGUUCACAACAAACAAGUAAUGAAUCAAAGCAGGUACUGUGCACUAGUCUUCAGCUAGUUGGAGCCCUCGUUCAUGCGCGUUGCCAGCCAGUUGAAGUAAACCCGGAAUUAAGCUCGCCGUUGGCCAUGUCCACUCGGCCAGAAUGAAAUGUACUUCAGUCGAGUUGGUUCCGCGAGCUACAGUGUGCAUCAGGGUAAAGCUAUGCCAGCG